CCUUUUGUCUGCAGAUUACAGUGUGACUGCACACUCCAAGCUGGUCAUUGUCACUGCUGGGGCCCGUCAGCAAGAAGGAGAGAGCCGCCUUAACUUGGUCCAGCGCAACGUGAACAUCUUCAAAUUCAUCAUUCCCAAUGUUGUGAAAUACAGUCCUGACUGCAAACUCCUCAUUGUCUCAAACCCAGUGGAUAUUUUGACCUACGUGGCCUGGAAGAUCAGCGGCUUUCCCAAACACCGUGUUAUUGGUAGCGGCUGCAAUCUGGACUCUGCCCGCUUCCGCCACCUCAUGGGAGAAAGACUGGGCAUCCAUCCUCUGAGCUGCCACGGAUGGAUUGUUGGGGAGCACGGAGAUUCCAGUGUACCUGUCUGGAGUGGAGUGAAUGUGGCUGGCGUCUCCCUGAAGGCUCUUCAUCCAGACUUGGGAACGGAUGCAGACAAGGAACACUGGAAGGAGGUCCAUAAGCAGGUGGUGGAGAGUGCCUACGAGGUCAUCAAACUGAAGGGCUACACAUCAUGGGCUAUUGGCCUUUCUGUGGCAGAUCUAGCUGAAACUAUUAUGAAGAAUUUGAGAAGAGUGCACCCAAUCUCUACAGUUGUUAAGGGCAUGCACGGAAUAAAAGAAGAUGUCUUCCUAAGUGUUCCUUGUGUACUGGGCAGUAGUGGCAUCACUGAUGUAGUGAAGAUGAUCCUAAAACCCGAGGAAGAGGACAAAUUGAGAAAGAGUGCGGAUACGCUCUGGGGAAUCCAGAAGGAACUACAGUUUUGAAUCUGCCCAAGCAGUUCACUCCUCGCAGCUUAACGGGUUUAGUGGUUUGUCUUAUGUUGCACUUUCCAAGUAGGUCAAAUCUUUCAGCGUACGUAUCUCAGCUAGAACACACACAAAGCUCCAAUCUGAACAAAUGAGUUUCCUGAAGAUAGCGUUAGGAAACUGUCCUAGGGUUUUCCCUGUUCACAGACACCCAUGUUCUUAGCCAGAGCUAGAUAACCGAGUCAGUCUUGUACAGUGAAGUGGUGUGACAGAAAUCCAGCAUUCAAAGCAGCACUGCCUAGAAAACCCUUUGCCUUUUCCUCAUCUUGUUUUGAUGUUGGCUCAGAACAAUACAUAACCAAUUAUUACACGAUGGGAAACCAAAGACACACUUCUUGCAGUUAAAGGAUUGUCAAGCCAAUUGACCAACCUUCUCUGCCAGCUGAGUAGCUUAAAUACAUCACUGUUGGUAGGUCCAAAUGUAUUUUCCUAACACUGCUUUGGAAUUUUUGUGUAUAUUUUUUUAGAGAACUGUAUUUUUGUGUACUGUAUCAGCCUGGCUGUAAGUUCAUGUCCUGAGCACGUUUAAAAAAUGCCAAGGUUUCUGUAUGCAACAAGAGGGCAACUGUCCAGCUGUAGUACCAGCCCCGACACCAAAUAAACCACAAACUGUUA